AAGUUUCAACUUUUAUAGGAUACGGAGACGUCGCCCCUAAGACAACAGGAGGCCGAAUAUUUUUCAUCGCUUUCACUGUUAUUGCCAUUCCCGCGAUGAUGACUCUACUGGCACGUUGUGGUGACAUCAUGACGUCAUUUAAUCGUUCCUUUUUUAAACUUAUUCGAAAAUGUAGUAGCAGACAAAACCAAUGUAUAUCAGAUAGUAUGCUAUCUACAGUGACAAUUGUGUUCAUUUUUAUUGGUUAUUUGCACAUUGGAGUAUUCACCUCACUCAUACCAAUUUUAGAUUGGACAUACAUUGACAGUUUAUACUUUUGGUUCGUAACAUUUACGACAGUCGGUUUCGGUGAUAUGAGUUAUCCGAUAAACAAUUCGCAAUAUCUCGUUAUGAUUUAUCGAAUGUUUGGGCUAGCGUUACUAGCUGGUCUCAUUGAUUCAGCUAUUUUAUGGGCCAACAACAGACGGAAAGACCUAGAACACAUUAAAACAAAGGAGAUAAUAUUGCGAAUACAGAGCUCAGAGGCAAUGGCGAAACUUAAAGAGUUAAAAUCAAAAGGACAAGAAACGAUUAGAAGUCGAAGAUUCCGCUCGAAAAGUGACGCGUGCGCACAUGAUGAAGCAUUGAAACAAGUAGCGAAGAAUGAAGAAAGAAAAAGUGAACCCAUGGAAAUUCGCGAACUAGCUUUUGAUAAAGAGGAACUCACCAUAUGCUGUUGUAUAAAGAGACAAACGCAUGCGCAAAGAGAACUUGAUAUGCAUACCGUGGACUAUAUCAAAACACGGCCAGUUCUGGAAACUUUUGUUCCAAAAUUCACUUCGAGUCCAAAACACAGGCGGCCAGCCAUACCCGAAGUUUUCGUAUCGAAUGCGGAAAUGAAAUCCGAACCACAAUCCGUUGCUGAAGGCAACUGCAACUUAUUCGACGACACAUGCUCUGUAACAAGUGACUUGUCCACAAAUGACGUUCGUGAUCUUGUUGUAAGAAAUCAUAAUGGGAGCUCGGUCUAUUUAGAAGUUUUAAAAGGCGCCGAAGUAAUAAAAACUCCGCCAUCAGAGUUGUUGGAAGAGGACGUAUUAUCAAACCAUUUUGUAGACACUACUGUUGUGGAACCAGAUAAUACGUUAAGGCCCGAUUCACAUACCUAAAUAACGCUUGAAAUAUUUUUGUACUAAAAGUUCUUAAUGUUGAUUUCCAUUACAGUAAAAGAUGGUAGCGUCUUCUGAGCUGCCAUUGGUUGUUAAAAAUGAUUGUUCCACUGUAAACACUUGAAAGUUGACUCGUCUUAACCUCCAAAAAUACUGGCGUUGCGACCAGAAAAAAAGUUCUAAUGCGCAUGCUCAGAUACUACACGCUAGAAACUGUGCUCAAAAACACUAGUGAAAAGAGGCCUUCAAGUAAAUA